UCGAACGUUGCGUAUCGAGAAAAAAGCCGGUAUCCACCUUCUGCGUACAAAAAUCCGAUACAGUGUUGUUUUGUCUCAGAUAUAAAGGCCGACGCGUACUAUACAAGGCUUGUCUGCACCCUAGAGUCAUGGAGAGCGUAUACCGACUACUUAUCGCACUAUCUAUCUACCUGGUGGCUGUGUCAUCAGCGCCGCAAGACAGCGCUGUCACUGACGCCUUACCCCCACCAGAAGACACCCACCCUCGUCUGGCCAGAGAACCAGAGAGCCUACCAGUCACUAUUGGUAGAGAAUCACUGGACAGUCCGGUCACCAUCGGCGCCAUCAAUGUAGAUAAUGAAGCCACCACCCAGUACCCAACCUCAUUUGACAACCAAAGACAAAGAGAAGAGUAUCCAACCGAGACGACAGCCGCCACAGAUAACACAGAAGUGGAAACCACAGAGCUCAUUCAGGUGAAGCCUAAAGCAAAAUUUCCCUCGCCUCGGUACAUCUCUAAGUUGAGCUAUUUUAAAAAAUCUGAGGAGAUCGAGGGGUCUCCAUUGAACAAUUUCCUGGAGAGGACAGGCAAGAGGAAGUUCAGGUCCAGAUGCAGGUGUGAAAAGAUCUGGAACUGUCCCAAGCUGCAGAUCACGGUGCCCCGGUGUCCGGACGAAUAUUUCUUAUGUUGUUUCUAGUUGUUAAGAUAUGACGUUAGGAUUUUCAAUUGAUGUCGCCAUUUGGACUGAUAAGUCAGUUAUUGUAUUUCUGUGUUGAAUGAGUCUUGGAGUUAAACUAAUAAGCUGUUGAAGUCAAAUAGGAUUCGUUUUUAAGUAAACGAAAAACAGACAGAUUACCAAUAACUAUCUAAAGUUUUCAUAUCCAAUACGAUGAAUACAAUGAAUGGACUUAUUAAUAUAAAAUGCUGAAAAUAAGCAAUCCUCAUUAUUGUGAGGUCAACUUGUAGUUCACAAAUCCUUAUCUAGAAUACUUAGAUAAGAGAUUUGUUAAUUAAUUUUGGGUAUAUUUUUUAUUUAUGUAAUUAUUUCAUAAGUACACAAAUUGAGAUCGCCGAUGAAUAACUUCGUAACUGCGCUUACAAUAUUGUUCUUCGAGAGGCUUUUUACCUUCAAACUUGUUAAAGGUCUACUAAGAUAUUCAAAUAGGUUUGUUUUCAAACUAGAAACAAGUCAAACAAAAUUCGGAAUCCGGUACUUAAAUAACUUAUAAUUAGCACUAAGUAAAUAAUGUUCAACAAUAUUUAAGCACGUUUCGGAUUUUAUCUGCGACGUUUGACGACAUUCCAUAAUUUAAUUUCCUUCUUUAGCUUCGUUUAUAAUGUUCUUGGUUAUAACUAGUGAUGAAAAAUAACUCGCCAGUUUCAAUUUUAAAUGUAAAAAUUAGAAGAUGCCUUGUAAGAAAUCCUUGCAUGUAUUUUAGUAUUUUUGAAUGGUAAAGUAAGUUGUUUCUGAAUCUAUCACACACAAUAUCACAUUCUACUCGUAUAUGAGCAUACUUUUUCUAUGAUAUACAUAGAACCGUCCCACCGAUGAAAUCUUUCGCCAUUUUGAAUUUGAUUCGGUAUCUACUUCAUAAACAAUGUUCUUAUUUAUUAUGUAAUCGAAGAUAAAUAUAUCCUUGGACAUUUACACUGCGCCUCUAGUCCCAAACUAAGCAAAGCUUGUACUAUGGGCACUAGACAACGGAUAUAAACAUACUUAAAUACUUUUUUUUUUGUAAAAUACAUACAUAUUAUACACCCAGAUAAUAUUGUGGAUUAAUUACAUUGUCAUUGACACUAUAUUCACGCAAUAUUCCUGAUAUUUUACUGCGUUGGCGAGCAAAGUACCUAUUUAAUUCAUAUGAUAACCAUCCGUCCAACAUGUAUAAUUAUGAUAAUGUAAAUAAAUAUUUAUUUAAAACGAA